AUGGGACGAAAGGAGUCACAUGUCAUGAUUAACUUGGAUCCAAAAGAUGCCAUCCAGAUUGAAAAAGAGUCGAAACAACCACUCUCCCAUCCUAGGGCAAGGGAUCGAGUAGAAACAAAACGGGUGAUUCUCGAUGAUGGAUCUAUCUUCCCAGAUUCAGAACACUGGUCAAACCUUCCUGAAGGGUUCAGACGGAUUGAAUAUAAUGACGACAUUACUCACGUCAAAGAGGCAGACGAAAAUGUGGAGGAGCCUGAAACUUUGAUCGAGGUUGACGUUCCAGAAAAGGUGAAUCUGGAAUGCGAUUUGGUCAAUGGGGGGUCCGUUCAAAUCCAGAAUAAAAUAGAAGGCGAUGUUCGGAUCAUUACAGCUGAUGGUGAUGUUGUCGUUCAGAAAGUUCGCGGUCAUACCAUCGAGAUCCAAGCCUUUGGACAAGGAAAUUCAAUUGCUGCGACGGAUUUGCUGGAGGCAGAAUCCAUUACCGUGAACCUACCAAAUCCGGGGAGGCUACGAGCAAUGAAAAUUCACGCCAACUCAUUUGAAGCACAAAUUGGAGAAGAUCGAGCCCAAGAAUCAGAGCAACUAACAACCGAGAUUUUUGGCGAUGACGAUACUGGUGCCGUGUGCGAUAUCAGCUCGUUGUAUGUGACUGGGGAAGCAUUAAUCAACCUUAUCUCGUCACAUGAAAAAAGGCAAGCUGUUCGUGUGAAGAGUAAUCAUGGUCACGUAGUGGUAGAGGCAGUGGGAAUACAAUCCUCAGCCAAAAACUAUAUUACAGGAGAAACACUUCCAACUGUUUACAUGGGUGGGGUGAACGGAAGUUGCGAAGUUUUCAUUCGGGGCGAUGCAUCAAAGCAGAACGGCAGUAAAUGGACCUCAUGUCAGGUACAUUUUGAUAGCAUCUCUCCUCAGAGUGUCAGUGUAGUUCAAGCGGAUGUGGGCAAUGUGACGGUAACUGUCGACAGAAAGGUCGAAACCGACCUCCGAAUGCUUGCUUCAUCGAAAGUUUCUGCCGUUGACAUCGACGCACUGGUUGAAGAGGACACUAACGACGGACUUUCCUCUGAUUUGAAAGGAAGGAUUCUUGUUCUUGACAACUCUGUUGCAGCCGGGGUCAGAAAAGCGAUCAACAUUAAAACAAAGGCGUUCACAGAGCGCGAGAUUGACAUAUCUCUUCAGAACUCAGAGUACAUUGACGGUUGGCUUGAAAACAAGAGUGAAGAGCCCGACAGCCGAUUCGAUAGGAAGACUCGCGGCACCGCUGAUGGGUCGGUCGGAAAAAUUCGUCUAGAGGGAGCACAAGAUCAAGCGCUGAGAGGAUUCCAAGACAAGGAACAAGGAACGAACAUUUUUCAGCGGCCACUUCUUCUUGUGACCUCAGCUGCAGAAAUCACGGUAGAGACUCUAAGUUGGUUGGGAAACGUGGCGAGACGAUACGGAUUGAAUGAUAACAGAGACAAAGAAAUGCUUGGUAGAACUGCCACACGUCGGGGUAGAUCUUUUGUGCAUCCGCCAGGGAAGGAGUAG